CGGAGUGGUGGUUUCUCAUUGUGUCAUAUGUUCAGUAGUGCUUAGCUGGCACUCUGAUGAAGAACUUGCCUUCCGCAGCCAUCUGACUAUCCUGAAAUACAGUUCGUACAGGAAUGGCAAGAAAAAUGCUUAACUCUGUUCCUUUCUUUUCAGACUACAGCAAUGAAUUGGUGGCCUAGCAACCUCCAAAGUUGCCAAAACAGAGGGGAUUUGGUGAUGGAGGCUUUGUUGGAAGGAAUACAAAAGCGGGGGCAUAGUGGGGGAUUUUUGACAUCCUGUGAAGCAGAGCUGCAAGAACUCAUGAAACAGAUCGAUAUAAUGGUGGCUCAUAAGAAAUCUGAGUGGGAGGGGCAGACGCAUGCUCUGGAGACUUGUUUGGACAUCCGAGACCAAGAGCUGAAGGCCCUGAGGAGUCAGCUGGACAUGAAGCACAAAGAGGUCGGAAUAUUGCACCAGCAGAUCAAAGAACAUGAAAAAAGCAAGCAAGAAAUGGCCAUGGAGUAUAAGCAGGAAUUAAAGAAACUGCAGGAAGAGUUAGGUAGACUGAAGAGAAGUUAUGAAAAGCUGCAGAAAAAGCAACUAAGAGAAUUUAGAGGAAAUACCAAAAGUCUGCGGGAGGAUCGGUCUGAGAUUGAGAGGCUAACUGGAAAAAUAGAGGAAUUCCGACAGAAGUCUCUGGAUUGGGAGAAGCAGAGGUUGAUUUAUCAGCAACAGGUAUCUUCUCUGGAAGCACAGAGGAAGGCUCUGGCUGAACAGUCAGAGAUAAUCCAGGCUCAGCUGGCCAACCGGAAACAGAAAUUAGAGUCUGUGGAACUGUCCAGCCAGUCAGAAAUCCAGCACCUGAGCAGUAAGCUGGAUCGGGCGAAGGACACCAUCUGUGCCAAUGAGCUGGAAAUAGAGCGCCUUAAUAUGAGGGUCAACGACCUGAUCGGAACUAACAUGACCAUCCUGCAGGAGCAGCGGCAAAAGGAAGAGAAACUGAGGGACUCUGAAAAGUUACUAGAGGCCCUGCAGGAAGAACAGAAAGAGUUGAAGGCAAGUCUUCAGUCUCAAGACAGCUUCAUCCUUGAGGCAAAAAUGCAGAAGGAGAGACUGCAAACGAAAUUAAAGGCAGUUGACACUCAGCUCUCAGUAGAGAGCACAAGGCCUCUGGAAGACUGUAAGUUGGAGAGGAAGUACACCUCUCAAGGGCAGGGAGGCUUGGAUAAUGUGCUCUCCCGCUUGGACUUCAGCCACACCACUGAAGAACUGCUGCAGGCAGAGGUGACUCGUCUUGAAGGCAGUUUGGAAUCUGUGAGUGCAACAUGUAAACAGCUGAGCCAAGAACUGAUGGAAAAAUACGAAGAGCUGAAGAGAAUGGAAGGGCAUAACAAUGAGUACAGGACAGAGAUUAAAAAGUUGAAGGAACAGAUUUUGCAAGCUGACCAAACCUAUAGCUCUGCACUGGAAGGAAUGAAGCUGGAAAUCUCCCAGCUAACUCGGGAAUUACACCAGCGAGAUAUCACGAUUGCUUCUGCCAAGUGUUCUUCCUCAGACAUGGAAAAGCAGCUGAAGGCUGAGAUGCAGAAGGCAGAAGAAAAGGCCUUAGAGCAUAAGGAGAUUCUGAGUCAGUUAGACUCUCUCAAGUUAGAGAAUCGCUGUCUUUCUGAAACAGUAAUGAAGCUGGAACUGGGCCUGCAUGAGGCAAAAGAGAUUUCACUAGCAGACCUUCAGGAGAACUAUAUUGAGGCAUUAAAUAAAUUAGUAUCUGAAAAUCAGCAACUACAGAAAGAUUUGAUGAGCACCAAAUCUCAGCUGGAGCAUGCUACUCAAGUGUGCAAAAAAAAAGAUGGCAGGAUCUUUAAACCAGCACACAGCAGAGCAGCCGAGUCCACGAACACAGAGUUUAAACCAACCUAUGGCCAGCACAGACAUGAUGGACUAAAGACUGAGCAGUUCAAAACAGGUCACCACUCGCCUCGAGGACAAAUGUUGGAUAGCAUAGACCCCAUGGCCAGGGGCUCCAGCCCCUUGAGUUCUCACAUCAGCCCUGACAGCUCCAUCGUCUCUCUACCUUCCAACUUUCUGUGUCACGCCCACUCUUUGCCUUCAGUGCUAGAUAUAAAUGAUGCCAACUUUUCUGACAGUCUGUCUGACUGUAUGAAUGACCAAGAAGAGGUUGUAUCUUCGUGCUCACUGCCCGUGUCUCCUCUGGGAUCGAUAGCUACCAAGUUCCUAGCAGAGGAAGAGCUGAGGUCUCACCAUAUUCUAGAGCGCCUGGACGCCCACAUUGAAGAACUGAAGCGAGAGAGCGAGAAGACGGUGAGGCAGUUCACAGCCCUCGCGUAGCCUGGACGGCCCCGCACAGAAGACUUGCUUAUAAAGCUGUAGUGAAGAUGACGCCUGCCAGAGCAGUGGAGAAGAAUCUGCAAAACAGCCACUUAGGUACUGAGUUUGAAGGACUGAUUCCAGCGGUAAUUUGUGAGAAUAAACCACUUUGCAGGCUUUGUCACAUGAAUAUUUAUUACCACAAAGCAAUACUUUUUCUUUCUGACUUAAAUGUGAAUAGCUGUGUACUAAUUAAAAUAAAGAUUUUACUAUACAGUUGAAAAAUACAGUGACCACAGAG